AUGAUAUUCUUUUCUAGUCUCCUCUGUAUUUCAGUAUGUUUUUGUACAAGUUUCGCUAUACGGUGUCCAUCAUGUAAUGAUAUUUAUUUCGAUGCCACAAAUACAACGAUCUUUGUCAAUCAAUUCCGUUGUGAGCAAACGGAUAUAUCUACUUCAUUGUGUAAAAAUGAAUUAUUUGUUGAUCUCGUCGAUCCUUAUUUCACGAUUAUCAAGUAUAUAACUGCACCUGCCAAUGCUCUAAUUACUGGUAAUGGUGAAACGGAAUUAAUUACUACCAUGAACAUACCAUUAGAUAUUGGAUAUCCUUAUGCGUCAAUUGCAUAUAAUUGUUACGAUAAGGAUAUGUGUAGCAAUAAUAGUGUGAUGCAAGACCGAUACGAAGAAUUAAUUAGAUUGAAUUAUACGAAAUUAGGAAGUCAAUUAGGCAGCUUACUCUAUAAUGAUAAAAAUAUUUUGGAAGAAAAUCAAAUUGAAUGUUAUAGUACAAAUAAAACGAUUGUCACAUGUUGUACCAACUGGCAAUGUCAAGCAACAGUAGUUAUUGAAUCUGGUCGAGCUGAUUCAUUGACUACUACUUGUAUUCCUGAUCGACGACCUGGUGCUCGUACUGGUCUUAUCAUUCAAUCAAAAUCUAUAGGUGAUGAUUAUAAGAAAAUAACUCUAUCAUACAUCUGCAAUAAACAUCUAUGUAAUAGUCCAUCGAUAGUCGAUCAAGUUCGACAACUUCUCGUUGAUGUUAAACUAAUCGAUUCGAAAGCGAAUAGUGCACAUUCUCUUUCACUCCUGUUAAUCAUCAUUUGUUUUGUAGUAGAUGUUCUAUAG